AUGAGGCGUGCUUGUGCUCAGCCCAGUCACUACGGUGCUCUUGCCCGUUGCGCCACCGGUGCCAUUCGCUCUACAUCCGCGAGCAGCACCCUCGCCACGCGUCUGCGCCCCCUCGAGACAAGAUCCCUUCGUCUGUACGCUGUAGGGCGCUACUCCAGACAGAGACUGCCCACAAAUCUUGGCGUACUCUUCGUUCCCCAGCAGGAGGGUUGGGUGGUACAACGAUUUGGUAAGUACAAGGAGGUGCUCGAACCCGGCCUGCGCUUCCUCAUCCCCUUCGUCGACAGGGUGGCCUACCGUCACUCGCUGAAGAUGGUUACCCUCGAGAUCCCGAAUCAAGUGGGCAUCACGAAGGAUAACGUCAACAUCGAAAUCGAUGGCAUUCUGUACUACCGUAUCGUGGACCCCUACAAGGCGUCGUACAACAUCGACGACCCCGAGUUCGCCAUUCAGCAGCUGGCCAUGAGCACCAUGCGUGUGGAGGUCGGCAAGCUGGACCUCGAGAAGAUCUUCGAGGAGCGCGAGAUCAUGAACCGCGCCAUCGUCAACGAGAUCAACAAGAGCGUUGACAGCUGGGGUCUUCACUGCGACAGAUACGAAAUCCGUGACAUCAAGCCGCCAGUGAAGGCCAUGCGUGCCAUGGAGCUGCAGAUGAUCGCCGAGAGGAGAAGGAGGCAGAAGGUCAUCCGCUCUGAAGCUGAGAGGACUGCCGUGGUCAACCGAGGAGAGGGUCAGCGGACCGCCACCAUUCUCGCCGCCGAGGCCAAGAAGCUGGAGAAGCAACUCUAUGCCGAAGGUGAGGCCAACGCAAUCAGAGCCCGAGCGGAGGCUACGGCCGAGGGUCUGGAGAGGGUGGCCAAGGCCCUUCAUCAAUCGAAGGCGAGCGACGCCGUGUCGCUCGUGAUCGCCGAGCAGUACGUCAAGGCCUUUGGCGAGCUGGCGCAGAAGGGCAACACCCUCCUUCUGCCCACCAAUGCCGGUGACGUCUCCAGCAUGGUCGCGCAGGCGCUCACCAUCUACCAGCAGAAGAGGAGCGGCAGCAGCACAUCCACCAACGCUGCAGGAUCGGAGACCGGUGCCCAGACGGAGGACAACACUCCUCCCAGCAGCGACAGCAGCAGCUUUGACCUUCCCUUCACCCCCAAGCAGUAA